CACACACACACAAAAGCACAUGCUCCAUUUGCCAUGAGAAUGAGCGUUUAACGGGCAUCGACCCAGUCAGUCAGUCUGUCGUGGUCUGGAGAAGUACUCAAGAACACCGCAAGAAACUGGAUUCAUCAUCGUCUGUUCCGUAAAACGCCACAAACGGAGCUUCUAACCCUUUGGAUUUUAACAGUACAGCUGUCUUUCAAAAGAGAAACCCCGACCAAUUCACGAAAUGUCUUCAUUUUAUCUCUAAUAUAUUCAAAUAACUAAAUGACCGAGAGAUUUAAUGCUCGGAUCGGUUCUAUAACCGCAUCAAGUGUAGGCUACUAAUUUAUUAAUAACGACGAACUGUUUGUUAUAAGUAUGAAGCAUAAAUAAUGUUUAAUACUUGCUCGGAUGGGAGAUCGUUUCAGUCUUUCUCUGAGAACUUGGAGGAUUUUGACUCUAUACGGAGUGUGCUUCUUUACAGUGACCUAGAGCCGGAAUGGCUGGAUGAAGUCCAGAAGAACGGUGAACUCUUCUACCUGGAGCUGAGUGAGGGAGAAGAAGAAGCUCUGCUGGCCAGAGCAUCUGCCAAUCACUCGGCUGCGACCAAUCACGUUCGUUUCAGCGAAAAGGAGGCGGAGAUUAUCACCGACAAUGGUAAAAAGCAAGCAAACUCCAGCAACAAAUCCAAAGCAAAACUCAAGAAGUUCACCAAGAUCCUGAGACCAAAGCGGCGGCCAUCUCAAAGGAAAGCCGCUGAUGGGAAAGACGGAGCGUUUUCCCAGCAUCCCACCUCCAUCCUGAAGAAUCAAGCGGGUCAGCAGCCUGGAGUCGUGGUCCAGCAGCAGCGUCUGAAGGACGUGUGUGUGUAUCUGAACCCGAAGCGCCUCGGCAGCGCCUCUCCUCCAUCUCCGGACAGAGGCGGCCUGUUAGAGGCCUUGCUGGGGGUCGUCCAUCGGCCAGGAGGAAAUACUGGGAAAAGAGAGGGAAAACUCAUCAUCCAUGGUCUGGUCCCACACAGUCCUGCUAGCAAGUGUGCUGAGAUUCUUAUUGGUGAUGCCCUGGUUGCUGUGGAUGAUGUGGACGUCACCUCAGAAAACAUCGAGAGAGUUUUGUCCUGUAUACCGGGUCCCACACAGGUGAGGUUAACUCUGGAGACGGUGUGUCCCGUCGGGAGCGGCUCGGACUCGAGACCCAAACCGUCUCCUCCGGUCAGUCAGCUGGUCCGACUGCUGUGGGGCGAGGACACAGUCGAGCUCCAGAUGUCCAUCGCACAUGUCCCGCACAUCGUGAUGUACCUCUCGCUCAAACUGGACUCUGAGUCGCCGCAGGAGGAGCAGGAGAUUUUGUACCAGUAUCCGGUGUCCGAGGCUUCGGCCCAGCUGAAAGCGGUGAGAGGGAUUUUCCUGACGCUCUGUGACAUGCUGGAGAACGUCACGGGUGGACAGAUAGUCAGCUCCUCUCUGUGGCUCAAGCAGCAGUUGGUUCAUGUGGGCUACUGGAAGGAAGGAUCCAAUCUGCUGGUCAUCGCUGUACCCGCCAGCAGGGUUCCUCUGUUGUAUCUGCAAACUGUGAUCGAGGGAGUUGUCCGGACGCUCAGGGUCAUGUACGGAUCUCUUGACAGCGGGUUCUGUGAGGUGGAGAACGUUCCUCGUCUGGAUCACUUCUUCUGCCUCUUCUUUCAGCAGCUCAUCCAGCCCUCCCGCUUGAUUGACAGCUCCAGACCGCCCACCCCCGAUAUCUCAGGGAGCCUCUUCUUAGACGGUCUACCAGCCGUCCGCUGGCUCACUUUACCAGCAGACAUAAAGGUCGAAGUGGACACUGUCCUCUCAGACUUUGAGUCGUCGGACUUUGGUGACAUGUCUGAGGAUUUCUACGGCAUGAGGCGUCUGUAUGUCAUCUUGGGCUCCUGUCUGUUUUACAAGGGUUAUCUCAUAGCGAACCACCUGCCUAAAGAAGAGCUCGUGGACGUGUGUUUGUACUGUCAGCAUUACUGUCUGCUUCCGCUGGCGUCUGAGCAGCGCGUGGGACAGCUGGUGGUGUGGAGAGAGGUGUUUCCACAGCGCAGAUCCCAGAUCAGCCCCGGAUACUCUCAGCCACACGCACGACACUUCAUGCUCAUAGUGGGCCUGAGGCACUUCAUGCAGUGUGUGUUGCUGGAGGCCGGUGGCUGUGCGUGUCCCGCUCUGGGAUCUCCAGGUCCCGACUGCGUUUACGUGGACCAGGUCAAAGCCACACUUCUUCAGCUGGAGAGUCUGGACGCCUCGAUCGAGGAGCGUCUCUCGGCCCCGCCCACUCCCUGCCUCUCCUGCUCUGAUUGGUUCCUUCCUGCCGGUGGGCGGGACCGACAGGACGGCAUCGGCAGCUCGCCGAUCCUCAACCGUCUGACGGCAGCGAUCAAACCCCCGUCUCCUGGCGGGAUCGGGCGAAGUCUGUUCGGGGAGGCGGGAUCGGGGUCCUCGAGUCUAAGAGGGCGAAGGCCGAGUCCUCAGAGGAGUGUGUCUGACAGCGGCAGCGAGGGUCACGCGGACUCGUCCUUCACCUCAGGGCUGAGUCCUCACGCCACACCGGACGCACGCAGAGACUCUUUCGGCUCGGGAGGAUCCGACGGCAGCUUGGGAAGUGCAGGAUUUUUCAAGGUUCCCCGGUUGAAGCACCCGAACCCGUUCUACCUGGGCUCGCUGAAGAAGAGUCUAACCGACAGGGAGACUGAGGAGAUGCACAAUGUUCUCAAACUGACCGCGGGCGCUGAGAACACACUGUUUCAUUAUGUGCUGAUGGAGACGGUGCAGGGCAUCUUCAUCGCUCCCACACACAGAGAAGUCCAUCAUCUGAGCGGCUCCAUCCACCCACAGCUCAUCCACAACUUCUACCACUGCUGUCUGUCCAUACGACAGGCCUUCACGCUGAGCCUGCCCUCACGGGAUCGCAGAGGGACCGAGCGGCCCCAGAGCACUCGAGGUUUGGGUCCAGUCAAAGAACAUGGAGUUCUGUUCCAGUGCAAACCUGAGAACUGGACCGAUCAGAAGAAACCCGCGCCCACCAUGACCUACUGGGUUAUAGGGCGAAUGCUUCUGGAACCCGUCCCUCAGGAGUUUUACGUGUGCUUCCAUGACUCUGUGGCAGAAGCUCCUGUGGAAAUGGCCUUCCGGCUGUCUUUCGGCUUGGCCGUGUAGCGUCAGCGGCACACCAUCAUAAAGCUCGAGGAGAUUAUUGUGAGGUAUGUGUGUGAACGAGGACAGAAGUUGCUUAAGACAGAACUAUCCCUGUGAUGAUAAUCAUGUGUUGUUGUGGACUUUGUGCUCAAUGACCGCUAAAUACAAGCAACGUCUGUAGCAAUGAAUGAUGAAAUGCAUCCGAAAUGGUUAAAAAGCACAACUUUAAUACCUCAAACUAAGCUGGAUGUCACAAGCUACAGGCUCACGAACACUAGAAACGC